AUGAGGCGAGCUUCUACUCUCGUUGCUUCCACUGCCUUAUCUCGAGUCCUUCUGGCAUCUUCAGAACAACAACGAUACACAAGGCUCUUUCAGGUCACAUCCUUUUACGCCGGCAUCAAUGUGGGUUCUCCCCGGCGAUCAUUUUCAACAUCCAUGAGAUCCAUAUCUCGAGGUGUCUACUCGGAUACUGCUAAGUUUUUUCUGUCUUUAGGUGGUCUUGCCGCCGCUUCUGUCGUUUUUGGCGUCACGUCAUUGUUGGUGGAAGAAAAGGCUUAUGCCAAAGAACUUCUUAAGCCUGAUCUAGUCCCGAAGGACGUUGUACUCUACCAAUUCGAAGCUUGCCCUUUCUGUAACAAGGUUAAAGCAUUCUUGGAUUACUAUGAUGUUCCAUACAAAGUCGUGGAGGUGAAUCCAUUCAGUAAGAAGGAAAUCAAAUGGUCUGAGUAUAAGAAGGUGCCCAUAUUGAUGGUGGAUGGUGAACCAUUGGUGGAUUCAUCAGCUAUUAUUGAUCAGAUGAGGAACAAGAUCAUUCGUGCAAAAUCUUCAUCAGCUGAUGAUGAAGAGAAGAAAUGGUGCAGGUGGGUUGAUGAUCAUUUGGUGCAUAUGCUAUCACCAAACAUAUACCGCAACACUUCUGAGGCUCUAGAAUCCUUUGAUUAUAUUGCUAGCAAUGGUAACUUCAGCUUCUCUGAGAAAUAUACAGUGAAAUACGCAGGGGCUGCUGCUAUGUAUUUUGUGUCCAAGAAACUGAAGAAAAAGUAUAACAUUACUGAUGAAAGAGCAGCCUUGUAUGAAUCAGCAGAAACAUGGGUUAAUGCACUUGAUGGCAGAGAUUUUCUAGGGGGUUUGAAGCCAAAUUUGGCGGAUUUAUCAGUGUUUGGGGUGUUGAGGCCUGUUCGAUAUUUAAAAGCAGGUAAAGAUAUGGUGGAACACACAAGAAUUGGUGAUUGGUACUCAAGAAUGGAGAUUGCAGUUGGAGAAUCUUCAAGAAUAAAAGCAUAG